AUGCACUCGGCCAACGAGCAAUGUGAAUACAUCAAUUUCACUGCGCUUUACCUCGACACUACAAGCACACGCACAAACACAAGUGAAGACUGCUCCAAGCCCCACACUGCCACCCCUCUCUGCUUUACCGGCGCGUGUCUUGCUCAGAUCUCUGCUCGUCUCUACGAUAUCGUCGAAGAGAUUCCUCCUCACCCCGGCGCUUUCGUUGAUGUCCUUCCUCUCCAAACCUAA